CACCAAACGACGAACUGUUUUUCCUUCAUUUCCUUCUUAACGCAUUUUGCCCUCUCAAUCGCCUGUGACAACCCUCUGGCAGCAUCAAUGGGCAACCUUUUCUGUCCCUAAAUAUUCUCUUCGCCUAGCUGAGGGCGCAUUUUGGUGGCCAUGGACUCCCUCACUGUCCUUGCGCAGCGCACUGUAGCCCUGAUACAGGACAUUCCGACUCCUACUCUAGUCCUAUCUCUGGUCAUCUUUGCCUUUGUGCUCUCCUGCUCGCUCUACUUCGCCCUCGUCCUCGUCGCCCCUGUUCCUCGUCCUCCUCACCGGUCCGAGAAAGCAUACCUGACUAUACUCCCGGACGGCAACCGGAGCGAAAGAAAACAGCUGCCCUGCUGGCUAGACACAUGGAGGGCACACAAAGAGCUGGCCCAGGAGAAGCGCGGUACUCCCCCAGGAAUUGAGGAGGCCGAGCUGUUUAUGUCGGUCGUGGUUCCUGCAUUCAAUGAGGAAGAGCGACUGGGUGGCAUGCUCGAAGAGGCCGUUGGCUAUUUACAGAGCGAGUACGGGAACGCCCAUGAAGGGGAGAAAGGUAUUGGCAAAGCAAAAGGCUGGGAAAUCAUAAUCGUGUCCGAUGGCUCAACUGACUCCACCGUUGAAAAAGCCCUCGAAUUUGCCCGAGACCACCAGCUAUCACAGCAUCCGAUGCCCAUCCCCGGCCCGCGGAGCCCCAACCCCACACAUUCAACCCAUAUUCCGCAUGGCUCCAUCCGGGUAGUCGUGUUGGAGCAGAACCGGGGGAAAGGUGGAGCCGUCACACAUGGCAUGCGACACGUGCGCGGUCAGUAUAUCGUGUUUGCCGAUGCUGAUGGAGCAAGUCGUUUCGAGGAUCUUGGCAAGCUCGUUGAGGGGUGCAAGACGGUCGAGGACAGGCUUGGCAGAGGAGUAGCAAUUGGGUCUCGAGCUCAUCUUGUUGGAAGUGAAGCCGUGGUCAAGCGCUCCAAACUCCGCAACUUCCUCAUGCACUCAUUCCAUCUUUUGUUGCGACUAAUGACUCCCCCUGCCACUGCGGCAGUCAAAGAUACCCAGUGCGGCUUCAAACUUUUCUCCCGGGCUGCUCUACCGUACAUUAUCCCAUACAUGCAUUGCGAGGGCUGGAUAUUUGAUGUUGAGAUGCUCAUGCUCGCUGAGAGUGCUAACAUUGCUAUGGUCGAAGUCGCCAUUGGCUGGAAAGAGGUCAUGGGUAGUAAGCUAAACGUCAUCUGGGAUAGCUUAGGCAUGGCAUGGGGUCUAGCAGUACUGAGAGCUUCCUGGGCUCUAGGGGUUUAUAAAAGAGCUUAGAAUACAUGUUUCCACAUAGAGCGCAAGCGUCUCUUUCAUACUGAUACGAAUCACAGGAUACAAAUGAUUCUGAUCGAGGGCUAUCGAGC